AUGAAGAGCCCAGUGGAGCUGUCUGUGUUCCCCCAAGACAGCCUGGGAGAUGGUAGUCAUCUGUACCUCACUGCUGUCUCCAGGGGCUGUCUUAACUGGAGGCAGUUGAAGGUUGAUGGGAAGGCAGUGCUAAUAACAGGCUGUGACAAAGGGUUUGGACAUGCCUUGGCAAAGCAGCUGCAUGCACAUGGAUUCACUGUCUUUGCUGGCUGUUUGCUGGCGAGUGAGAAUGGAGAUGGUGCCAGGGAGUUGGAGAGCAUUAAAUCGGAUCGCAUGAAAGUGCUGCAGCUAAAUGUGUGCAGUGACCAGGAAGUGGCUCAGGCUGUGGUGUUUGUGAAGAACAAUCUGAAGGAGCCGGAGAAAGGGCUCUGGGGCUUGGUGAAUAACGCUGGAGUAUCAGCCUUCGGAGAGGUGGAAUUCACAAGCAUAGACAAGUACAAGGAGGUGGCAGACGUCAACUUGUGGGGAACUGUCAGAGUGACCAAGGCUUUCUUGCCCCUUGUUCGCAGAGCUAAAGGUCGUGUGGUGAACAUCACCAGCAUGUUAGGGCGGAUGGCCAGCCCUUCCCGCUCCUCCUAUUGUGUUUCCAAGUUUGGCGUGUCAGCCUUCUCUGACUGCCUCCGGCAGGAAAUGUACCACUGGGGAGUUCGUGUUAUCCUUAUUGAGCCCAGCAACUUUGUAGCUGCUACUGGCAUUCUGACGUCUGAGAGCAUCGAAGCCCAAGCAGAGGAGCUAUGGAGAGGAGCCAGCAAAACUGUCCAGGAAGACUAUGGGAAACCGUAUUUCACACGCCAGAUAACCCUGAUGAAGUCCUUCAUUAACAGUGGCCUAAAGGACAUGUCCCUCGUCCUGAACGACAUCACGGAUGCACUUACUUCCAAGUACCCGUAUACCCGGUACAAUCCCAUGGAGCCCCACUGGUGUGUGAGGCUGCACAUCAUCACUCACCUGCCCACCGCAGUUGCGGACUGGCUGUAUAUUUACUGAGCCACACUUUUUAAAUAACUGGCCUGACAGCACCCACUCACUGUGUGUAUUCGGAUCUUAAAACUGAUCAGUGGUAGGUAGAGAUGGGCGGGUCCGGAACACCAUGUCUCUGCACGAGGCGAUUUGGGCAGGAUCAGGGCUUUGGAACACUGAGAAAAGACUGAGUCUGGCCCCUUCCUAGUCCUGAUAUUCCAAGGACAUUUUCCACUGGGCUGUGGAGGCAGCAGGGGAAGGUUUGGUAUAAUGAGACAAAUCUUUUCAUGGUGUAAUGAGGCCAGGUGAGCUCCCCCUGGGACGGAUUUCUCUCACUAAUGGGAUCUUGCCAAGGGCAGGCCGGUUGUGAUGAUGCUAGUAGAUGUCUCAAAGAAAAGAGCUAAAAUGGGAAACAAAAGCAGUAUUUUCCAUUCGAUCAGAAAUAGAUCAGCACAGCUUCUCUGCUCCUCGUCCUCGUGAUAUUGCUGAGUCAUAUGGCUCUCGGGAAAACAGCGGUGUGACCUCUAAAUGACUUAGUUAUGCAUGGUCAGGCUAGGAAAAAUCUAGACGGCUCCGCAUGUGCAAAAUCUCAGUAGGGAGAGACCGUCCUUUUCAGGCACUGUAACCAGGGAGCAGACAGAACCACUGCUAGAGCCAGGGCCAAGACGUGCACUGGGAGGGAGUGCAUCUAAUGGGGGUUGGAACCGUCCCUGGCUCUCUCAUUGGCUGCUGGAGCAACAAGUCCAAAGCCCGGGACUUAGAUAGCCCUAGAAAUGCCCCUUCCUGGGCAGACUUUCACCUCUGGAAGACAAACAGGCACUUGGCAUCUGGGCCAGUUUGGGAAUAAAACCACAUUGGGGCUGCCCCAGCAGCUGCUCCUGCCCCUCCACCCCCAGAGACCCCAGUUUUUCCAACUGAGAAUCUCCUGCCUAGAUGCACUGCCCUGGGGAUGGGCCAGACAGAUUGUCACAUCCCGUCCGGAGUUCAUGGAGCCUGCCAUAUCUUGGUUCACUGGAGCCCGUGGAGAAAGCCAUGCUGAGCCAGCCAGUAGCAUGGAGAUUUAUGGGUUAAUAACCCCUAUCAGGGGCUUGAGCUUCUCAGCUGUGCGCCUGGCUGAGUGAAGGCUCUCAGCCCUCAGUGCAGCUGGGCCUUGCUGGUGCUCACUAGAGGGCUGGACGAGGGUCCUCGGAGGGAGAAGCAAGGGUUGGCUGAUCAGAAGUCAGGACAGGGCUCUCUGGAGCUGGAUGGUGCUUCCUGGGAGCUUGACUGGCUGUUUGGUGUUGAGGUCGUGAACUCCGUGAAGGGCUGUAGCCAGGGCUGUGCCAUUCAGGUCUGUUGGUUAGACAAGAACCCCUGCAGGAAACAGCAGAGAGGGAUUAGUGUUGUUGCUUAAUGCAGGGCAUCCUGUGAGCACGUCCUGGUCAUACAGCCUCCAGCCCUGCUGCUGGCCUGGACCCCCUCUGGGUUGAGAGGGAGGGGAUGCCACGAUCACUGCGUGCUCAGUGCACUGGGGAGAGUGAGUUGGGGCGGGAGAGGUUCAGUCCAGCUCCUAGUGGGUGGGUGUCCCCAGCACAAAUAGCAUCCUCAUGUCUGGUGCUAACUGGCCCCUCUUUGGCCCUGCCUAACCUGCCUUCUCAACAACCCCUAGACACCCACACUAGAUAAGAACCAUCCCCACAGGACACUGAAAUGCCUGGAUAGUCUGAGUACAAAGCCCUGAGUGGAUGCUGCCAGGGGCCUCAUUUCUUUCCUUUGAUUAUUUCACAGUGAAAUGGCACUAUGACUAGAAGUGUCUCCUCAGAAACCUUCCUAGUAUCUCUGCAGCUAAUGAGAGUAGAUGUGGCUGGUGACUCGGGGAUGGGACUGGUUGUUUCUUGCUUUGUCUUUGCUAGUGCUGGAGUUGUUCAGCACCCCACCCCUUCUCUAAGGAGUGGCUGCUUGUAAGAACAUGAUCUGAUUCCCGGCACUGCUGGUCAGGUGGGGGAUCAAUCGUCCAACUUCAGCACAGGUAUACAGCACACACGCCCCCUGCUGCUGCUGUUUGUUCUGUUUCAAACUGAUGUGAGAUGAAAGUGAAUUUCAAACCAAUUUGGCGCUCAUCCCGACCCUGCCCUCCUACGUGAGUUACAGCAUUUUAGAGGACACAGACUACCUGUGGCUGGAGUCUGAAUCCAGCUGUAAAUGCUGUUUGAUGUCGUGAAACCUCUUGAGAGUAAGGGAGGCCUUACGUGGAGCUUGUGUGGAGAGGGCCUGUGUUAUAAAUAAGGAUUGGAAACGCUGGGCUGUAGGGCUAUUUUCCAUUGCAGAUCACAAGUGUACAGAGAAUGUCAGGGAUGCAGGAUGCCUGUUACUGGAAAAGAUAAGAUACCCUGGUGUUAAGCUACCGCUGCUGUCCUCUGUAUCCUUUGUGUCACCUGCAUUGUGAAAUUCUGGGAACACUAAGUACCACUUGAUUACACAGAAGGGAAAAUAAAGG